AUGACCAUCUACGGGUUCCUGGCCACCCUGGUGUUCUCGGGCUUCAUCGUGUACGACACCCACAUGCUGCUCAAGCGCCACACCUACAACGAGUACAUGGUCGCCGCCAUCUCCCGCUACCUGGACGUCAUCAACCUCUUCAUGGCCCAGAUGUCGCUCUCCUUGUGGAUUUCUUAA